UCAAUCGUGUCAGGUCAUUCGCCCUGUACAAUAAAAUCGUAUUCAGUGUCAGCUCAGUACUGGAGCGCGCACGACGAAGCGCCCCUCACGCAGACAUGCGUUUCGUGAUUAGCUAUGUGUUCGUAUUCACUGUUUGUUACGCAACAAUCGACGAUUACAAAGCGAAACGAGCCAAGAUCCUACGAGAUGAGGGACUCUUAUCUGUAGGGGGAAAUAUAAAACUCACAGAUAAAGAAUCAACCGUCAACAACUGUAUAAUGCAGCAUAAGUUCCGAGAAGUGGACUACGGCUUUAGAAAUCCGCAACACUACAAAUUCUCCCGUCAUUUCUUCACCUAUAAGGAUGACAUACGACAGUCUAAAGUUUAUCAGAUCAUAAAAGAUAUGCCUAAAGGAGCAGCGUUACAUAUACACGACAUGGGUAUUUUAGGGCCUGAUUACAUUAUGAAUUUGACCUAUUCGGAUGAUCUUUACAUAUGUUUCGAUAAAAGUGAUGUUAAAUUCAAAUUUUCCGACAAAACACCGAAGACGCCAUGUAAAAGUAAUUGGCAGUUGAUAAGCGAAGCGAGAAAAUCAUCUAAUAGUACCAAGUUCGAUAUGAAAUUAAGAAAAUAUUUCACACUAUGUGUGAGCAAUCCUGAUACUACCUAUCCAAGUAUCAAGGAGUCCUGGGAGGUUUUCAUGAAAUACUUCGGCAGGGUUAUUGAUAUCCUCACAUAUAGACCAAUAUGGGAACAAUAUUUUUACGACGUUCUUUUAAAAUUUAAAAACGACAAUGUCAUGUAUCUUGAAGUCAGAAGUAUUUUGCCUAGUUUAUAUGAAUUGGACGGUACGCUGUACGCACCACUCAUAACUGCGAAAACGUAUAGAAAAACAAUUGAGAGGUUCAAAAAAGACCAUCCUGAUUUCGUCGGAGCAAAACUCAUAUACGCACCUUCGAGAAGUGUGAACCGAUCGCAAUUGGAUGAAUACUUGCGUUUAGCGAGAGCAAUAAAAGCAGACGUGCCGGAUAUAUUCGCAGGGUUCGAUUUAGUGGGCCAGGAAGAUUUAGGAAGUCCCUUAAUCGAAUUUAUUCCUCAACUCACAGCUGCUUCCAAAGAUUUAAAUUAUUUCUUCCACGCAGGUGAAACUGAUUGGUACGGAACAAUGACGGAUGAAAAUCUGAUCGAUGCAAUAUUGUUAGGAGCCAAGAGAAUAGGCCACGCUUAUGCUAUUUCAAAACAUCCAUUAUUAAUGAAGGAAGUUAUUGAUAAAGGUAUAGCAUUAGAAGUAAAUGUCAUUUCAAAUACAGUAUUAUCUCUGGUUCGCGAUGUACGUAAUCAUCCACUGAGUAACUUUUUCGCUCAAGGUAUGCCAGUAGUGCUUUCCAGCGAUGACCCAGGUGCAUGGGAAGCCGAUCCAUUAUCUGAUGACUUUUACGUAGCAUUUGUUGGUGUCGCUAGUCGUCUGUCUGAUUUGAGACUGUUGAAACAAAUAGCAAUCAAUUCAUUAAAUUACAGUACUCUAGAUGGUGUUAAUAAAAAUAAAGCGUUGGAUAGAUUUAAUUUAAAAUGGAACGCGUUCGUAGAUCAUUUUAAUUGUUCGAAGUAUUAAAAUUGAAGAUUAUCAAUGUUCGUUUUAACAUCUUAAUUCUUAUCUUAAAUGAAUAGUAUGUAUGUGUUAUUAAGUGUAUUUUUAAUUUAAACACAAAAUCGUUCACUAUAAUAUUGCACCAGCGGAUAUUGGCGAUUGAAGCUGGAUACGAUCGUAGCGGAUGAUGUGAGAACAAUAAUGAUUUUUUAGCUUAAUCUGAGUAUUGUCCUCAAGAGUCCAUCCUGCCCUC